AUGUCCGCAAAGUCGCUUCUGGCUACUGUGCUGCACGGACUUGGUGCCGCUAUUAUGACAUGGGGAUACCUAAGCCUCAAGACCACCGUCAUGCAUACCUUGAUUAAGGACCAGAAGAGUGGACAUUCACAGUUUCUGACGGUUCAAGCCCUCCUUAUUUCGUUAAUCACAAUGGCACUUAGCUUAGCUCGUGAUAUCCUUCCCGUUAAUCUAUGUAAAACACUGCUCAUGUACGCCAAGCGCGCAUUAUUCUUGAUUGCUCUGCCCCUAUCGGUGGUCGUAACUUCGAUUUACUGGACCCUCAUUGUGUUCUUCCCCACACUCAUCCUUCGACGUGCUCCUGAGCCUUCUGAACCGUCUGCUGAAGGGUUCGACGAUCUCUUGCGUAUUCCACUCAGUCUCGACCUUGCGCUACAUGCCGCUCCUGCAAUUACACUCCUCUUGGAUUUCUUUCUCUUUGAAAGAAGCUACGGACCUCGCGCGGCGAACCUUGGCGCUACCGUGGUGAGCGCUGUAUUCUCCGUGUGGUAUGCCGUUUGGGUGGAGUAUUGUGCGAGUUUUAAUGGAGUUUUUCCAUACCCAUUCCUAACGGAAAAUACAUUCCCUAUCCGUGCCGUCAUAUAUAUCGUCGUAACCGCCAUUGCGUUCUUGUCCUUCCACGCCAUUAACACGGUACACAAAGUCCUUACUGGACGCUAUACCCCCAUAAAGGAGAAGUCUACAUGA